UGCUCUCCACUAGCUGAGAUGGAAGUGGGGCUUUGGCUGCUGGCACUGUGCGCCCUGUUGCUGCCCGCCCUGUGGCUGCUGAGCUUCUUGCGCACUGAUACCGACCUGACACUGCUGUGGGCUGCGUGGCUGGGCAGGCGUCCAGAACAGGUCCUGACUGGCAUGGUGGUGUGGGUGACUGGAGCCUCCAGUGGCAUUGGCGAGGAGCUGGCUUUCCAGUUAUCAAAGCUCGGAGUGUCUUUGGUGCUGUCAGCCCGAAGGACGCAGGAGCUGGAGCGGGUGAAGAGACGAUGCCUGGAGAAUGGCAAUAUGAAAGAAAGAGAUAUACUGGUUUUGCCCCUUGACCUGGCUGACACAAGUUCCCAUGACACAGCUACGAAAGCCGUCCUCCAGGAGUUUGGGAGAAUUGACAUUCUGGUCAACAAUAGUGGAAUAGCCCACUAUUCCUUCGCUGUAGACACCAACCUGGAUGUCUUCAAGUUGAUAACAGAUGUGAACUACUUAGGGACAGUGUCCUUGACCAAGUGUGUUCUACCUCAUAUGAUGGAGCGAAAUCGAGGAAAGAUUGUGAUCAUAAAUAGCAUCGCGGGAAUUAUACCUGUGCCACUUUGCAGUGCGUACAGCGGCAGCAAACACGCCCUUCGGGGUUUUUUAAAUACACUCCACACUGAACUUUAUGACUACCCGGGUAUAACAGUGUCUACCAUUUGCCCAGGACCUGUGCAUUCAAAUAUUUACCAGAAUUGUUUUCUUGGAGAAGUCACUAAGGUUCUGGGCAAGCAGGCACGAGACAUUCCCAAGAUGUCAACGAGCCGCUGUGUCUGGCUAAUACUAGUCUCCAUGGCCAAUGAUCUGAAGGAAGUCUGGAUAGCUGAUCAGCCUGUCUUGUUUGCAAUCUAUCUGGGGCAGUAUAUGCCAUUCCUGGACUGGAUAAUUUCAAAGAAGACAUGGGGAAAAAUUAUUAACCAAUAUAUAAUGGACUGGCAUAAUUACCUGGAAAACAGCUGUCACAAGAGGCCGAGCAAAUGAGGCCACCUAAUCCUGCCCUUUCCACCAUCAAUGUGGCUACAGCAUCCCCUUGAAGUAUGGAAGACAAAGAAUGACUGAAGGGGGCCCUCGUGGUUUCCAAACCUGCAGAAAGGAAGCUGGGAAGCAUAUAUAUAAUGCUCUUCUCAUGCACAGAAGACUGCCUGAAGACCAAAGUAUAAUUUUAUAUUUGUUAGCUUGCAAAAGAAGGUUGGUGAUUUUUUUCUAUUCCCACCAUUUGCCUGCAAAUUUCAUGAUUUCCUUGUUCUUAUUUCCUGAAUAGUGUUCCAUUGUGUAAAUGUACUGCAGUUUCUGUAGCCAUUCCUUUGUUGAGAGGCAUCUAGGUUGUCUCCAGGUUCUGGCUAUUACAAAUAAAGCUGCCAUGAACACA